ACCAGCUUUAUCAAGCAGAUAUUCGCUCCCUCUGCAGCUCCGUCAGAUUAUGGCACCGUGGUGUGUGUUGUUACCAACCUCUCCAGACUCUCCUCCCAUCCCGGGCGCUCUCCUCCAUUGGUUGCCUCCUUUCCGCGCUGUCAUCCAAGCCAUAUAAACCUGGAGCCUCACACCUUCGGCAGGGUCAAAUUUCUUCUCGGGCAAAUCAGAGCUGCGUCUUUGGGAAACGAUAGCGAGAGAAAGAAACGCGAGCGAAGGCUCGAACAUCGUCGAGAUUUGUUCUUUGGAAUUCUAAACUUUUUUUUUAUUUUUACUUUUUUCACCACGGCCCGUUUCGCCUCGACUGAAGUCGAUUUCAACAACGACGACGAUGUAAAAGCGUGCGUUUGGUUUGACUUGUUGAUGAGUUCGGGGGGGAUACAUAUUUAACUCUUGUCCGAGUUGCGUUGGCUGCUGAUCCCCGAGUUGAGACCGUCUUGGAGGCAGCGGCGCAGAGAGACGGAGGGCGACGGCAAACGCGGAAACGACCAGUAUUUGCUAUCCCGUUCAGCAUGAACCUCAUCGGGGGCUACCAGCAUCACCACCACCUGAUGCACGAGCCCUUCCCGUUCGUACAGCGGUGUCACCAGGACGCGCCGUACUUCCAGAGCUGGGUGGUGAACCACGGCGAAAUGCCCCCGGAUUUCCAGAUCCAGGCGCCGUACCCGGCCGCGGAGCUCGGGGCGCCCGGGACGACGCACGACGCCCGGCUGGAGGGUCUCCAGGCUGGAAUGGGGAAGAGGAGAGCGUCGGGGCCGAAGAAGGAGCGCCGGAGGACGGAGAGCAUAAACACGGCCUUCGCCGAACUCAGGGAGUGCAUCCCAAACGUCCCCGCGGACACAAAACUGUCUAAAAUUAAAACUUUACGCCUGGCGACCAGUUACAUCGCCUAUCUGAUGGACGUCCUGGCCAAAGACUCUGGGGAGACGGAGGGCUUUAAGGCCGAAAUUAAGAAAUUUGAAAACCGGGAUAUGAAAAGGAAACGAGAGCUGACUGAAGGCCUCCAGGAGUCUUUAGGAGCCGAGAAGAAGGUGAAGGGCCGGACCGGGUGGCCGCAGCAGGUCUGGGCCCUGGAGCUCAACCAGUGACCUCCGCUCCAAAAAGAAAAACUCUUCAGAGACUCUGGAUUCAAAUGAGAUUAUAAGAAAAGCCACUGACUGACUGACUGAACGUGAACGCACCGCUGUGUUGAAAGAAUUAAAAAGACCUCAGGGGUCAAAGGAGCAGUGGAAAUAAAAAAGAAAAG